AUGGAAGGAGAAGAAGAUCUAAUCAAGUGUCUCUCCGUCGAGAGCUCAGCGCAAGCGCCAGCUGUGAAGGUUUUCCGAUACUACUUAACCGUCGAGGAAGCAACUCAAAUUAUUCACCAAUUUCGAUCUGGUUCUUGGAAUAAGGAUCGUCAGGUACUGUGGAGUGGUAUGAUGCGUGAAGAUGCUCAAAAAUGGGCCGAUGAGCAUGAAAUGCAGACUCUGACCACAGCCAUGGGUCCACUGAUGAUGCCAGAGAAUCCGCUUUGUCUUAAAUCUAAAAAAACUUCACAUGCGUGGAGUCAAUAUAUAUACACGGUGCCUCGGCCAUUUUUGCUUGGUAUAUUUCCAAUGGCGGAAGUGUUACAGUCUUGUCGCCUCCUCCCCCAAACCGUUUCAAUCCAUCGGGUUUUACGUCUUUCCAGGUGA